AUGGACUCUGCCCUCCGUGGUGUGCAGGACCUCGUGGUGAAGUGCCGAUCGCUCUUCCGGUCGCACGGCAGUCUGAUCAUCGUCGCUGGUGUGGUCUCAUUAAUCGUCUUGAAGGCUCGCAAGCUCAUGAAGCGUACCAGGGUGGAUCUCCAUGCACUCUUUGGUGGACCAAAUCAUUUUAUGCCUUUUCUGGGCUUCAUCCCGAAGUCAUUGGAUCACCUCUUCCACGCACUAGAGAUCUAUGCUGAUACAUAUGGUGAUGUCUACCAUAUCAAAGUAAUCGGCAUGGACAUGUUGGCUAUAUCAAAUCCGGAUUUGGUUCGACAAGUUCUGAACGCACGACCAAAGACCUUCGUUAAACCCUUCAACAAGCAAAGGAUAAUACCUGUCGAGGGCAUGUUUACUACAGAAGGUGAAGUGUGGAAGCGGAACAGACGAUUGGGUGCGCCGGCAUUCAACGACAAUAACUCAUCGGCUAUGAUUCCCGAUAUGUCCAAAGUUGCUUCAAGGCUGAUACGACAGCUAAAGUCCCUUGGUCAAGAUGGUGUCAUCGUAUGGCGCCCCACAAAAUGGCUAUCCCUCUGCACUUUGGAUAUUUUAUGUGUCACCGCUCUUGGAAAAGAUUAUAACUUCUUGAAUCCAGAUGGAGUGCCUCUCGGAAGACAGUCAGGAGAGCUUCAGCUGGCGAUGGAUGAAUUCCUCGUCGGCGUAGGGUAUGCAGCACAACGUAGUGCUAUAGCAUGGACGACACGAGAUAGGUUCCCGUGGAAUCUCAAUCCGAUGAUCAAGAAGAUGCACUCUGGGGCGAAGCAGCUGAGCAGAAUAUGUGAUGAGAUCAUCGGCAAACGGCGAGCGGAGCGGGACGCGGGAGAACGACAGGAAAGGCGUGACUUGCUCGACAAACUUCUGCAUCUCGAUGAGGUGGACCUGCGAGGGAAUCUCAUCACGUUCCUCAUUGCUGGUAGCGACACCACCGCCAUGACUGUCGCCUGGUGUCUCUACUAUCUGGCCCUAUAUCCUGGAAUACAGUACAAGGCCAGGGCCGAGGUGGAUGGCCUUGGGCAUGAUCCCAACACGACAGAAGACCUGGACAAACUGGUCUAUGCCAGUUGCUGUGUAUUCGAAACUCUCCGGUUGCAGCCUGCGGCCGUCGUACACCUCUCUGAGUGCAUCCACGACACGGAACUCGAUGGUCAUCCCAUUCCUUCUGGAACGAGUGUGAUGGCACUCCUCCGUAAGGCGAUGAUAGCGGAGGCUCAGGGCGGCAAAACAUUCGAUCCCGAGCGUUGGCUCCUUCCUGACGGCUCCUCGAUAGACCAGGCCCGUGUACGUGAUCAUCUAGCAUUUGGUGGAGGGCCUCGUCAAUGCCCUGGACAGAACAUGGCCAUCAAGGAGGCUGUGCUUCUUCCGGUCCUCGGCUUCAUCCCGAAGUCAGUGGAUCACCUCUACUACGCCUCGGAGAUCUAUGCUGAUACGUACGGUGGUGUAUACCACAUGAGAUUCGUCGGUGGAGACAUGAUUGUCGUAUCCGAUCCUGAGCUGAUUCGACAAGUUCUGAAUGCACGCCCGAAGACCUACAUAAAGCCCUUCAAUAAACACAAGAUUGUGCCGGUGGACGGUAUGUUUACUACAGAAGGGGAAGUGUGGAGGCGGAACAGACGAUUGGGUGCGCCGGCAUUCAACGACAUCAACUCAUCGGCUAUGAUUCCCGAUAUGUCCAAAGUUGCUUCAAGGCUGAUACGACAAUUGAAGUCCCUCAGUCAAGAUGGUGUCAUCGUAUGGCGCCCCACAGAAUGGCUUCCCCUCUGCACUUUGGAUAUUUUAUGUGUCACCACCCUCGGAGAGGAUUAUAAUUUCGUGAAUCCAGAUGGUGUGUCUCUCGGACAACAGUCCGGAGAGCUGCAGCUAGCGAUGGAAGAGCUAUUGCUGGGCUCGGGUUACGCUGCCCAACGUAGUGCUAUAGCAUGGACGACACGAGAUAGAUUCCCGUGGAAUCUCAAUCCGAUGAUUAGACAGAUGCACUCUGGGGCGAAGCAACUGAGAAGAAUAUGUGAUGAGAUCAUCGCCAAACGGCGAACGGAGCGAGACGCGGGAGAACGAGGGGAAAGACGCGACUUGCUCGACAAACUUCUGCAUCUCGACGAAGCCGACCUGCGAGGGAACCUUAUGACGUUCCUCAUUGCUGGCAGCGACACCACCGCUACGACUGUCGCCUGGUGUCUCUGCUAUCUGGCCCUAUACCCUGGAAUACAGGACAAGGCCAGGGCCGAGGUGGAUGGCCUUGGGCAUGAUCCCGAUACGAUAGAGGAUCUGGACGAGCUAGUCUAUAUCAAGUGUUGUAUACUCGAGGCCCUCAGGUUGGAGCCACCGGCUGUGCUCCUCCUUCAUGAGUGUCCCCACGACACGGAGCUUAACGGCCACCAGAUCCCUUCCGGGACAAAUGUGAUGACCCUCCUUCGCAAGGUUAUGAUUACGGAGUCUCAGGGCGGCAAAACCUUCAAUCCCGAGCGUUGGCUCCUCUCUGACGGCUCUUCAAUCGACCAAGCCCGUGAACGUGAUCAUCUAGCAUUCGGUGGAGGGCCUCGCCAAUGCCCUGGACAGAACAUGGCCAUCAAGGAGGCUGUGGUUAUCCUGGCUCUCAUCCUGAGGCAUUUCCAUUCCAUGACAUUGGCCUGUCCCACUGCUACUGUUCGUGGCGAAGCGAGAUUGUCAUACAAACCUCAGAGUCUCGAGCUGAAGAUGUGUCAACGACUUAGCUAG